CGGGUGCCUGUGAGUGAUUUCCUGUUGAGGCAAACUCCACGAUCCGCAUUGGGGUAUAUUUUAGGGCCUCGUUGCUCAGAAAUCAUACGCUCAGGUAUAUCAGUGUGGAACCCAGAACUAGGCAAUAACAAACCCCUAGCUUGAUCGGUUUGUUAUGCGAACAGGGGGAGGCUUUUGUGUAGAGUCGUAACGGUGGAGCUGAUUUGGCCCCGCUCCCUUGAACUACAGUGAUUUCAACCGUGCGCAAGCAGAAUUGACUCAGUUGAGCGUAAAGAUAUUUCAUCUAUUCUUCCCCGCAUCGGGUUGAUUCUAGCCGCACCAAUCUUUCCCCUUUCGUGUGUAAUUGGACCUGCUAUUCAACCGGCCCAUGUGGUCAACCCUUUGUUUCUUUAAUAACAUGAGUGACAGCUCUGACAUUGAUUGACACAGUCGCCUUGGCGACCGGCCAACAAAUUGCCUCUAAGCCAAUCGAAAACCAUUUAUCCAACAAAUGCUGCCCAUGAUAGUGGUGAUAAUAUGGGCAGUGUCACAAACCGGGCUGAUAAAAACUGACACAUAUCGCCGCGCUCAGCCCCACCCCGGUGUUUAACGCUAAUGGUGUUGUUGGGUGGUGUGUGCGUGUGUGAGUCGUGGAUGGUUGUACACGCGUAAGUAGUACUGGAGGCGCUAAGCAGCGAGUGUCACUGUGUCUCUCGACUGCGCUGUGAGACGGGUCCAGAUGCUCGGCUCAAUGUUUCCCCUACCGACCCUACCGACGCUGAGCUUCACCCCGGCUCAGAUCGCCAGCGUCUGUGAGACGUUGGAGGAGAGCGGGGAUGUGGAUCGCCUGGCUCGGUUUCUCUGGUCUCUUCCCGUGGCACCAGGGACAUGUGAAGCCCUCAACAAAAAUGAGAGCGUGUUGCGAGCUAGGUCUGUGGUGUCCUUCCACCAGGGCAACUUCAGAGAACUAUAUCACAUCCUGGAAAACCACAGAUUCACUAAGGAAUCGCACGCCAAACUACAGGCCAUGUGGUUGGAGGCACACUACCAGGAAGCCGAGAAACUCCGGGGCAGACCGCUCGGACCGGUGGACAAGUACCGGGUGCGCAAGAAGUUCCCCCUGCCGAGAACGAUAUGGGACGGUGAGCAAAAAACACACUGCUUCAAAGAGAGGACGAGGAGUCUCCUACGGGAGUGGUAUCUUCAAGACCCCUACCCUAACCCAACUAAGAAAAGAGAACUGGCCCAUGCCACUGGACUCACACCAACACAAGUUGGGAAUUGGUUCAAGAACCGACGGCAGAGGGACCGAGCAGCAGCGGCUAAAAACAGAUUGCAGCAGCAGCAACAACAGCAACACCAGGCCCUCCAGAACUCCAGUGCCAAUGCCAACGGUGGUCCACCGAUCCAUCGGCUGUCCAUGACGGAAGGAACCACUACUCUACCCGGGGAGGAAUCACCAGACAGCGGGUCGCCCAGUGUUAGUCCGAUCGGUUCGCCCUUACUACCGCGGAGUGUCAGCCCGCGACCGCCUCACUGACGAACUGCUCACCGGACGCUGGCCCGCUCUCCCAUGAGUGCCCAACCGUCCCAUCACGCUCGGCGCACCGGACUCGGACUGGGACAGACGUGGAGUGGAUGGGUGAACUCAAGGCGCGCCAGUGAGUGCAAAACUCGGUAUUUACCAUGUACGAGCAUCGAUCGAUAAAGAGGGUUCGGCGUGAAAAGCUCCAUGUCUUCUACCUAAAAAAAAGCAAAGUUGUAGAAAACUCAAAAGACCGCGAGAUUGCCAACAUCGGUGUUAGAGUUUACGCCAUCGGGUAUGUCAAGCAUAUCUUUUAGUAAUCAUGGCCACUCUACUCACAUGAUGAAACCCCUGAACAACUCUGCUUACGUCACUGAUGCCGUCACUGCAUGCGGACUUUUUUACCGUUGAUAUUCAAUAUCACUCGCAUAUUUGUGAAUAUGAAUUUAUCAGAAUUUACUUGUUCUUUUUUUGUUCUCGUCUAAUGCAGCAUUAAAAUGUAUAAAUGAUAUACGUGUACUAGAAGUAAACUGCCAUACAAUUUUUCAUAAGUCGUGCAGACAACUUUUACAUACAAGAUAUUAUCCAAGCCUAAACACACCUUUGACAGCUUAUCAGAAAGAUCUGUUUCUCCAUUUCACCUAAAACCUCAACUGGCUAAACAGUCUUAAAUUGGUUACGAAGUACUAUACUAUUGUGUUUUUACUGUAAUUAGAGAUUAAACAAAAGUGGGUCUCUCUAUUUUCUCUCGAAAAAAAAUAUACGAAAACAAAACAUUAUUGGGUGCACCAUAACUAAUUCAGUCUUCAUUCCGUAUAACCUAAGUAUCCUAUAUGCACGUUUCUACAAUUGAUAAAACGUCGAUAUUAUACAGAAGGUAUUCUUUACUCACAACAAAACUCAGUACGUUUUUGAAGGUCCCUUAUUUCUUUAUCACCAAGUGCUUCACAUUACUUUUUUUCACAGUUUCGUAAGAAAAAUUAGAACAUGGACUUUAGUGUGUAAAAGAAGGUACUGAAGAUCAUUCAGUGGGCCUACGACGUUUAAUUAAGAGUCAAUGCAAUCUAGAAAGCAUUUUAGAUGAACAAUUCAGUGGUUAAACAUUACUCUGAAAUUUGGUGUCAACUUCGGUCAAAGUUUCCCACUCAAGCAACGUCUAUCAACUUUCAGGCUCAAAUUCUCAAAUAAGAAGUUGUGGGUUGUAAUUGUAGAAAACUUACAAAAACAGUCAAACUGUUUGUUUUUAUUUUUGAUUAUUGGACAAAUGGUUCCAAAAUAUAUGUACCUUUCACCUAUCAUUUAUAUGAUUUGUUGUUGUUCAUAUAUAGUACUAUUUACGAAUAAGGGCUUCAUUUUCAGUAAUGAUAAAAGAGAAUAUCAAAACUUCUUGUGGAACAUCUAUUUGGUGGUGAACUCGGACCAUAUCACUAUUCUUCCAGAAAUUCCAACCUUCCUACGCAUCAUCUGAGUUUUUUCUGUAGAAUACGGUUGAAUAAUGGUCAUAAGAAAGUAUCCAAAUAAUUACAUGUACGCAAAAGACAUCGUAAGAUUUGAAACUUAAAGAGAUUUUUAUUCGGCUUUUUAUUCUCCCCAUUUUGUUCCGAUUACAACACUCUGACGAACAAAGUACAUUGUACCUGUUUUUAUCCUUAUACAUUUGUUUCAUGUACUAAAUGCAGCAUGACCUCUGAACAGCACGAUUAUCCUGCCAUUAACCUUAUAAUUUACCGACUUCAUAUUCCAGUCUCAAUGGAGUUUCUUUUGAAAUAUAAUCUCAAAGAAAACAAAAAGAUUAAGGAAUUCAGCUUUUUGCCCGGAAAUCUGGAGAUUGUUUUCAAAAUAAUACAUCUUCUCGCUGUAUUCAUUGAGUUCAAGAGAGUAAUGCCAUUGAACUCUACAAGCAUUCAUUUCGUCUUGCAUGCUAAUUGUUAGAAAUGGACAAAAAUGAGUGCCCAAUUAUACUCGGGGGAGAUUAUCCUUUAAAAUCGUAUUACAAGUUGGUCCCAUGUGACUUGUCUCCCACUUUAUUGGAAAAGAAAGACAUUUAACUUGUCCCAACUAAACAAUAUAAUUUAUUUACAAAUUGAAUUCAGGCCUGUUUUUUUUCGAUGCCAACUCUGGAAUACAUUUUAGUAGGCGUUUUAGGACACAGACAGCACUCACAUGGAAAUUCUGAGCAUAAAUUGACAAAUAUUGCAAAAUUGAAACUAGUCAUCGUAUUUAUGUCAACUUGGCCGACACGGAGUGAUCCACGUGGCAAGAGAUUCAUGUGGACCUACAAUGUAAUUCAAUUUUGAGGGGAAAUAUUUCAAUGUACUAUACGUGCGUACGGGGAAUAUAGUAGGUUUCCUUUCCUCUCACAAAGGUUGCAGUUUCACCUAUAGAAUUUUUCUCUUGUUUCGAUCAAUCAAAUAUUUCUUGUGCCACAACCUUUAUUUUUUUGUCUCACCCCGCAGACUGUAUAGAUGUCGUUCCGCAAAGGAAGAGUCUCAUGUAUAUACACAGAAUUUGGUCGAUUAUACCUCGAUAGGCCUAUCUUGGGAAUGAACCGGGCCGAGACAUCGAACGAUUACCCGAAUGUUCUUUGUGUAACCAAAUGUACAUCUUAAACUUGCCGUUUCUCUGUACAUGUAGUAUUGUUACUCGCUGGCAUUUCUGGCUGGAUGCCACUGAGCACAUUCAUGUUACAAAAUGUUUUAUAAUAAAUCAUACUUUGAAAGAGUAAAAGC